CCCAAAUUUCAGACAGAAAUGAAUUACCAAUUCACUAAAUUCCCAAUUCUUUUGUUGUGGAUACAUUUUGGUAUCGCACGCGGAGACCUGAUUCGGACUGUGUACUGUGCCAACAAGUGCAACGAUUACCUGAAAGUUCCGGAGGCAAACAUUCCAAAAUGUGAAGAGAGACAUUUGAAGUUGAACCAAUGUGGAACUGUAAUAUCAUGUUCGUGGGCGGAUGUGGAGCUUGAGAAGCAACGAACAAUUGCCAAUGCAACUGAUGACUUUGUUUGUUGCUACGAUGUCGUGCUGAAAGAAAAGGGAGACUGUGAUGCCCAACAAGCUGUCGUUUCCUCAAAUAAGAACACGCACCGACUACAUCAUCCAACGGACUGUUUCUCACAGACUCCUGCUCUAUUCAGCAUCAUUGCAAUUUUACUGAUCCUUUUAGCCGCACAGAGCUUCUAUAUCAUGUGGACUUGCGCUUUUCAACGUCGACUGUAUCAUCAAAAAGUGUGUCAACUAGAAGAAUCUACAGUAACCCAUUCACAAGGUCCCCUGUAUCCAGCAAAGCCAGUCUGCGAGACACAUCUUCUAUCAUUUGAACAUCUACCAAAUUGAAGUUAUUCAUUAUCCUAGUAUCCAAAUUAUUACCUCUCUUUAGUUUUUUUUCGACGGGUUUUUUUGUGAAGAAAGGUGAAUUAGUUGAUGAGAGGUCUGUAUUUUAGACUUGAUUAUUGUAAUAUACCAAAAUUUUGAGCAAAGUAAAAUGAUGUCUAAUUUCUGGUGACCUCCACUAGUUCAUCUUUCUUUUUGUAUGCCUCUUCCUCUCCAUUUCGUUUCAUUCAUCUGGAUCUCGAUCAUUCAAAAUAUUAUGCUUGCCUUCUAUUUUUCAAUGUGCUUGUCUCCUCUUCUCAUAUUGUCUGAAUGACAUUCGGGUCAACGUCGUCGUUGUUUAAAUAUAAAUAAAUGAAAAUAAACAUUGAACACACAAC